GCCGGGAAGGGCGUUCUCUUUGCGGUCAGACCGGGCAGAGUUAUCCCGAAGGGGUGGGUCCUCCGGCGGCAGAAAAGGAAAACCCACCUUUUUUCAUUGUUAAGGACGCGGUGGAAUGUGAUGGUUUGAUUUCAAACGGACCAGGGAGGGGGAUAUCCGAGAGGAAAGGAGCAGCGAAAGCGAUUGAGGGAAAGGGGGAAACCGAGAGAAGCGGUCCCCCCCUGUCGCCUCCAACUCUCUGGUCUUGUCUGAGAAUAUGUGGAUGAACUUGUCCCGGCCGUGUCGGCUGCAGUAGCGAGUCCCACCGUCCGCAUGAGCCGUGUGAAGUUGUGGAUUAACCGUAGCUGUUUUCUGACCCGGUGGAGCCAGCUAAGGAUGAAGAGUUUGUGGAGUGGAUGCAUCUUAAUUUAAAUGAAAGAUUGGUCUGCUAAACACCACUCCACAGGAUCUUUGAAGUCUUAAAGAGACGUUACAAAAGGAAAAGAAGAAGACAGACUGUCAAGAAGAACAUUUCCUCAAAAAGCUUAAAAGGCUUGUUAUCACUACCACACAAAUGUGGACUUUCCAACACGUGGUUAUAAAAUAAUUUGAACAAAACAAACCCAACGGAUACAACACUAAACAUAUUGUAGCCAUGUCUGAUCAUAAAGACAUGACACAUCGCCACCUUCGGAACAAGCUACAGAGUCUUGGCCGAAGAUUGGAUGAACUGGAAGAGACAACCAACAAACUGCAGAAGUCUGAAGAUGACCUGCUUGACCUACAGGACAAGAUCAUCCAGGCAGAAGGCAGCAACUCGUCCCUGCUUGGCGACGUGGAGGCCUUGAGGAAACGUCUCCUGAAGAUCCAGGGUAAAGAUGAGGAGGUACGGAAAGCUGAGGACCUGUGCCGGACAGUUAGAGAGAAACUGGAAGAGGAGGAAAGCCUCACGAAGGAGCUAAAGGCAGAGAUUGAACGCCUUCAGCAGAGGAUGGCUGAACUGGAGAAACUGGAGGAAGCUUUUGGGAAAAGCAAGUCUGACUGCAGCCAGCUCUGCCUUAGCCUCAAUGAGGAGAAGAACCUGACCAAGAAGCUUUCAUCUGAGUUGGAGUCACUCAAAGCCUGUUUGAAGGAAGUGGAGGGCUCUGAGACGAAGCUCAACAGAGCAGAGCAGGCCUUGGCUGUAGAGCUGGAGAAACUCAAGGGAUUCACCCAGACCUUUAUGAGUGAGCGUAAGAAGCUCCUGGAAAAACAAAGAGAGGAUGAGAAGAUCAUUCUAAAGCUGACAGAAAAACUGGACCAGCAGAAGAAUCGCCUCGGCAUGUCUACAGACCCUGGCCGUGCAGACUUCAUGAGGUCAAGAAUUGAAGAUGAGCUGUCGUCGGGGCUCUUCUCGAGCAAACUGGGCGGGCGCAAGAAGAGUCUUGACUAUCUGAAACUGGGCGGGGACAGCAUCGGCAUUGUGAACAAAUCAGAGAAUGAGAAGAAUAGCGGUCUUGAAGGCUCGCAAGAGGAAGACAACAAGGUAAAGGAGCUGACACAGGAAGUGGAGAGGUUGAAGAACCGCCUUAAGCAGCUCGAGAUUGUGGAGCAGGAUUUGAAAAACUCUGAGUCCAAAAAUAACGAGCUUCAUGAAAAGUUCCAGAUUGAAAAAAACCGAGCUCACCAACUGAGCGAGCAGGUGGAACAGCUCAGGACGCAGCUGUGCGGAAAAGGUGGAAUCGGAGGAAAUGGAAUCAGUAACAUGGAUAAACAUGGCAAUGGAAGCACUAACAUUUGCCCCAACAGUCCCGCUAAAGUCUUGGAGAAUGGCAAAGCUGAGAACGAAGAGAUUACUGUAAAGGGGGGUUUCAGACAAGAGAAGCCUAAAUAUAGAAGUGCUGCAACUGUCUCAGAACCAAGCUCCCCCAAACACAAUAACAGGGCGCGCUCUCCUCAGUAUGGGAGAGAAAACAAACUGAGGAAUAAAGAUCUCAGCCACUCAGAGGAUAGAUCUCCUGUGCGGAGAGCUCUCAGUCCUGCUCACAAAAGCAGAAGGACGCCCAAAACCCCAACUACUGCAUUUUCAUCUGAUAACGGAAUACGAGACACAGCUGGGAGAACUGAGGAGAAGACUAGAGGAGCCCUGUACAGCUCUGUAAAUGCAACACCUAGUGAUCUUAAAAAGGCGUCUGUUCUUAGUCGCUACCCUCCAGCAGCUAAUGACCAGAAGCCGCUGAGGACAGCUCACAAACAGACAGACGGGGAUAUUAAGAAGAGCAGAGAAAAGUUCUCAAAGUUGUACACAGGCAGUGAUAGCGAAUCAAACAACUCUGAUAUAGUACCUGAAAGCUCCAGUAACAUGAACAGUAUCUCCGCACUAGAGAAGGAAACAGCAUCUGCCUCAGAUCAGGAAUCACUAGACCAGGUUCAGGAAUCUGCCUCCGCAUCUGUUGCACCCGCAUUAUCCAAAGCCAAUGGAUCAUACACUGCUUACAGAUCUCGCAUCAAUCCACCGCAGCCCAGUGACCAGGGUUCAGAGGGUCAUUCCUCUGCCUCUGAAACAGAGUCUACCGGUUCAAGGCCCUCUGAACCAGACCCUGUAACUGAGACGACUAGUACAACUGUGAGCAGUAGGACUGCAGCCUCUAGAUACGCUAAAUACCCCCAUGUCCACGACUCCAAUUCGGAGGGUUCUUCUUCCCGGAGCUCAUUCGAUGAAGAGUUGCACAGUAGGACACAAUCGGCUGAGGGAAGCCACCCGGGUCCCACACACACUCCAUCAGGGAUUGAGGUCCAGCGAGUGUGCAGCCCACGAGAGUCACUGCGGUCAAAAGCUGUCAUCAAGCCUGCUAUUGUUGAGAGUGACCGAAAGGAAAUGAUGAUUUCAGAGACUUUGUCUACAAACGGCAAACCGAAGAUCUCCACCAAACCCAUCGUGACCACUAGUAAAAUGACCAGUAGUAUAACCAUCUACCCCAAUGACCCGAGCUCUUCCAGAACCAGCAGUCGCAGCAGCAGUGUAUCUAGCGAGCCUGUGCCGGUUAAAGAACGACACACGUCCACAAGUAACAUCCUCAUAGGUCCAAGCAGCGACCACCGUGGCAGCAUUUCCAUCCCAUAUGAGAUCUCCAUACCCAAGAGUGACAUCACCUUCCGCCCGUCCCAGGACCAGGACUGUGGGGCAGACAACCACAGUGACUCCUCAUCAAGGUCCAAACUCCACAACGCUUCCCGGGUGGAGACCACCACCACCAGCCACCUGUGCUCCCAACGCAGCAACUACAGCCUCCCGUCCCCAGACACCACCACUGCAGACCUCAAUGACACUGAAUCAGGUUUCGAGAGCAGCAGCAGCACCACCACAGUCACCAGCUGGAGAAGCCAAAGACAAAGCCAGCACCCCCUAGAAGACGGUUUGUCAGACGUGAAGAAUGUCACUGUGAGGAGCACCUGGAGGAACAAAGGCGCAACGUCUGCAGAAGAGGCAGGUCGAGGAAGAGGGGGUACAAGGGCAAUGCCUGAUGUUGGGUCUGAAGAUGAAGCAGAAGCUGCAAUGACGGUGAGGGCUUACCCGGCAACCACCUUUGACAGUGAAGAAGUUGUAAACAGCGGACCAGGGGCUGGUGGGAAUGCUGCAGCACAGAGGGGGACCAAGCCGACGCCUGCAGAGGUGUACAUGCGCAGGAUCAAAGGUGGUGUGACUAACACCAGAGAAGUGGAGGAACCAUUGUAUCGCAGAGGCAAGCGCUCUCAGUCUCCCUCCGUGGAAUCAGGCUUGGGAAGGACCAUACCCCACUCACCUGUUACCUCUCAGUCCUGGGGCCGAACAUACUCGCCACAACCUUCGGCUGCUGACAACCCAGAGCCCAGUCCAAACCCUCCCCACAGCCCGGCCACUUGGAGACGGCAUCUAGCCAGCGGCGACCCCCAGCACCUGGGAAGCUCCUACGACCGAACGUCCAAGACGACAGGAGCCUCGUCCAGAGGAGGGGAGCCGUGGUCCAGUCGAGGUCAAGGGUCGGGGGCCAAGGCCGAGGGGAGGAGCGGAGCGGGAAGCCGGGCGUGGAGAGAACGUCAGUAUGACCAUCACUAGACGAGCUGGGUCUGAGGAGGACUUGUACAGAAAGAGGGCAGCACUCCAUUCAGCCCUCAAUGGCACAAGGAGGGCCAAACACCAGUCUCCCAUCAACUAAUGGUUGCAUAUAUUCCCACCAUCUCCAACAGACAUCUGCAGCUUUUGCAACAAGUAAAGAAAAGAAACUACCCUUGAGUGCACCCUGCCAAAUGUUCAGUCCCCGCGAAGAGAGAGAGAGAGAGAGAGAGAAAAAAAAAAAGCCUGUACAGUUUUUUGGAGGUCACCUCACCAGCCCACGUAUCCUCUUCUGCUUCUCCUGUUGGAUGUAUUAUAGUGUAAUCCUAAAACUUGACAAGGGAGAGGCUGGCAUGCUGGAGAGGGCUGGAGAUUUUUCCUACUUGCCGGAGAGAUUUUUUUUUUUAAGAAAGAAGGAAGGACCCAUGAGAGCGACGACGUCUUUCCUCAGAGAACCUUCACCAGUAACCUCGGUGGAGCUGGAUAUGUCACUUUUGCUUCAGAUUCAGAGCGCAAUCAUCAGUCGACAGCAGUACUUUCCAAACAAUGCAUCAUCUUCAUCUCACUGGGCUGGAUGUUCAUGUAGAAAUCUCUCGCAGACAAAAUGUUCUCCACAUUAAAUGUGACCAAAAACAGGAAGCGAAUUACCCGCUUUUCAUUUUCAUCCCGAACUCAUAUUUACUUGGAAGGCUUACACAGUCAUUUUCUGAAUUUAAAAAAAACUCUGAAAAUCCAUGCAAACAUGUCCACAAACAACACAUUUAAAUUUAAGUUUUAUUUUUAAGCCACUCUUUUUUUUAAGCCACACUCUGGACCACUCUCUGGCAUGCGUUGACCUCAGACUGGAUUUAAUUUGAGGUCUGAGAUGCUGAGCAAACGUUCGCAUGUUUCUGAGUAAUAAAUGAAGAGCACUUGAAAGAUUGUGACUCAGCAUGCAUUCUGCUCAAAGGAUUGCUUAUUGGCUGCAUUUUAGGAGCGCACAUAAACAAACAUGCAAACAACACACACACACAGUGUUUCUGUCAGACUGGGACCUUAUUUAUGUCUUUUUUAUUAUGAUUUUGAUUCUUCGUAAUUCGCUUCCUGUUCUGCAUCGUGAUUUCUCUUUCUUCUCAAACAUGUCGAGGGAGAAGAACAUGGAUUGCACGUUGUAAAAUGCAAUACACAUGUAAAAAAAAAAAAAAAAAAAGACAAAAAAAAAAAAAAGAUUGGUGAGCGGGGGGCAUUGUUUAUAAUCUCUAAUCAUGAUACUAUUUCCGUGGUGCUUUGUUUUACAGCUGUUGCAACUGUUCUCACCCAUGAAUUUUGACGGAGCCAUAGCAAACUGGAGUUUCUGUUUAAACUGAACAUUGGACUUUGGAUUACCAGCAAGCCUGGCCUGGCAUGGCCUGGCCUGGCCUGGCCUGGCCUGGCCUGGCCUGGCAUGGCAUGGCACGGCAGGGCGGACAUUUUUUUUUUUUUUUCGGUUUCAGUGUUGCCGUAAAUGCUGUGUACACACCAGCCAGUCAUAGGAAAUACCCAAAGGGGUUGGACUCCUAACAAGGAACUGACAAGUCUGGCUCGUAUGUGACUGGAUUCGCCGCGCGAAUCGCCCCAGAUUCUCUCUCGUUUCUUAUAGAGCUGUUAUUAUUUUGUUACAUCACAAAGCAUCAACUCGUGGUUGGUUAGCUGGAGCAAUCGUUCAUUGGCAGAGGGACUGCUGCAGCAGUGAGGGUUCGACGGAGCAGAUUGAGCCACUGGCCAGUAAUAAAAAUCAGUAUUUUCAUUGAAGGGAAGCGGUGCACGUCUUUCAUAGAAACCUUGCUGACGUUUUCUGUAAAGUCUUUCGACAGGCUCCUGCUGGAUUCGAACACUGUUACACGAGAUCCACUGCGGAACGACGUAACCUUUGACACCAGGACACAAUUCAUGAAUGUUGCCGGGGAAUGCAGCUGAGAAUGACCAAUCGCUUGAUGCGCUGCAUUCUUUGCCUUUUUAACAGAUUCAAGAGACAAAGUAACACGAUCGUAACUGUGAUAACAAGUUCUGGGGCUGCUUAAGAACCUGGGAACUUUUGAAUCCUGCUCUCCAUCCGCUUCCUCCGCUGUGUCUGACCCCGAUGGGGAGGAUCUGAAUUCUUCUCAGUUCUUCCAGCUUCCAUCCAGCUGGAGUAUUUAUUAGUCUCCACACAUGCACAGGUUCUUUUCUUUCUUGGGGAGAGGUCUGCCUGGUGGCAGGAGCUUCAUCCGUUGCCACUUUGUCACUUUACUGUUUAUGCGAGCAGGAGAUUAUAUGCAAUCGAAACUGUCCCCCGUGCAAAGUCUGUAACCAUGUCCGAGUCCGAGUCAUCACUAGGCCCAAACUCAAGUCUGUUUACCUUCAGAAUGCACAUUUUCACUAAUGCGUAUUUCCAUUUUUGUUUACCCUAAAAAAUAUCUACACUAUGUUCAUCCGUGCCUUUAAAUAUGAUAGUAGAUGUAGACUUUCCCGUCAGAUUCAGAGCUGCGGUGCAGAUAAAUGCGACAGAGAUUGUAAGGCUCAGUUUUGUUUUUCAAAUUUGUAUUUUUUUUUUUUAAUUUGGAGGACCGUUGUGUGGAACAUUGUCAAAGUUUAUUUUCUGGGGGAGCUCCUCCCUGGGGGAUGUCAAAACAAGAUUCUCUGGAAAAAGAAAAAAAAAGACAGACGAAAGAAAGUGGAAGAACACAGGCUGCAUCUCUGAAAACACUAUGUCCUUUGGAUUUGACUGUGGGUCGCGGGGUGCAGCGCAGCCUCAGAGAGGAUUGCUGAGUGGCUGCUUCAUGGCCACCGCUGGCUGCCUGAUAAAACGCAAACAGCCCAGACGUACUGUCAGAGCCCUCAGUGCACAUGCCAAGACUCGAAGAUCAUAUAGUCCUCCUCCGCUCUCUGUUAUUGUCUCUACUUCCACUCUUUUUAUUUACCAAGAAGCAAUGCCAUCGCUUCCCCAAUCGCAGCAUCUCAACCGAUUCCAAGUUUCCUUUUUAGCAUUUCAGACAUGCCAAGUGUCCCUCUCCCUCCCUUUGCUCUCGUCUUCUGUUUCCCCCGUUUCCUUGGAUUCUCAUUUCCUUAAAGUCGAGCCUUGGCCCUAAACGGCGGAGAUAUGUGUUGUGGGUUCAGAGGGCUGUUUUAUUGAAGGCCAGAGGCCUGUCAGCGGGGCCGUGAUGGGCAGCUCCCUGGGUAGCAGAAAGGUCGGGGGUCAGGGCUGCGUCUAAUCUCGUCUCUGCAUCUUGACUCAGGGCUUCUAAAUGCGGGAGAGGGGAGGGCGGGGCGACUUGGCGGCGAUGUCCACUUUGUGGAUAAUUAAAACACACGUGGUGGUGCUGGAUGUCCAGUUCCCGCCUGCGGUCCUGCUGCCACAGUUGCACACGCUCUCCUCUUGGGCGUAAAUGCGUCUGUGAAGGUCCUCGUUUAUGGCUCCACUUGUGAACUUGUAAGCCUCUAAAGACGCCUGAUCGAGACCGGUGGUGACUGACAAGUGUGUGUGCGUGUUUGUCAGAUCAGACAUGGUGGUCCUGAGGCUGUUUUUAGGUUUUCUUCGAGGCUGAUCACCGAGGGAUACUGUACUGUAUAUAGCUACCGGAUGAUGCAAACGCUAACACCAACACUUAUCCUGCCUUACUACUCCCUAUAAACAUCACCUGCUUCCCUCCAUCCAACAUGUAAUGCUCCUAGUCUUGCAGCGUCACCCAUCCUUUUCUCCAUCUUCCAUUCAUUCCCCUUCCUUUCUUCUGUUCGGCCUUGGCCUUAAAAGACCACUGGAGUCCCAGGAAGAGAGCAGCUGUCGGAAACUGCAGGUUUUACGACACGUCGGAGGGUUUCUCUCCUGGAGACGCGCGCUUCAAAGCGAGCGGGGCCUUUUUUAAAGUGCAAAGUUGAAGCUCCAUCUUCCGCUUUGCACGCUGCCUUUUUUUUUUUUCUUUUUCUUUUUUUUUCCCUUACAAGCCCCAAAAGUACACUAACACCAGCGCUAACCCCGCUGUACAUCCACUCCAUCCGAUCCUGGUGUGUGCCCUGGGUGAAGACCCAGUUCUAGCUUUUACCCGGGCUUUGCCCGUGUGGCCCGGUCCACCUGGGACUCCGGUGAAGGGGUUUUAAAGUAGUUUGACGGCUCCUCUUUUUCACGAGCGCUGAAUCAGAGGACAUCGAUCUGGGCCAGCGGGUUAUUGAUGAUACAGGACAAAAAUAUUUGAGGCUGCUCCUGCUUUCCUGCUGAAACACCAGCUGAAGAGAAAUCAUAGAGAUGUAUGCAUAAAUCGUUUUUAUUCGCAAGCUGUUUUAUUCUCUCGAUGGCGUAGACUAGAAUGUACGGAGGGGGCCUCAGGCCUCCAUUGUAAAGCCAGGGUCAUGGUGUCAUUGUGUAGUCUGUAAUCUGCACUUAACCAGCACUUAACUUUAAGACCUCGAACGACUAAUGCCCCCCACCCCCCACUCCUAACCCUCCCUCUUAGCUCCCUUUAGUAAAAGUGUCCCAGAAUCGUACUGUAAGUCUGUUUUCAGUAGCUGUUUCGCUGAAUGUAGCACAGAUGUGUAUUUGUCUUUGCACCAGCCAGAUUGGAGGAUACAGGAGCGUUUCACGUCACCCGGAAAUUUGGCGUCUCCGCCUUUCGAACGUCGUGCCAAAAUCAUUCCACAGUAUUUACGGUUUACAGUCAGAGACGAUGCCAGUGUUUCCCCCCCGGAUGGAUACCCACCCUGUCUCUAAGAAACAAAAGGGGAAAUAUUCAAUUGAGGGUUUUUUUUUUUUUUUUUUUUUGGUUUCCUGCUUAUGUAUGUUUUUAUUUCUUUGUUAAAGAAAAGAUGUCUUAUUUUGGAAUCUAUAUUGGAUAGAUUUUAUUUAAGGAAAAUCUUGUAAUUUUGUAAAGUGGGCCUUAUUAUUGAAAUAUAUUAAGUAUUUGUCCAUCUUGAUUUUAAGAAUGCUACUUUUUUUUUCUUCAUCUUUUGCUAUUACACUCCUGGAGAGUUCUUCUUCUUGUAUUUUUUAUUUUUUGUUGUUGUUGUUAUUAUUAGUUCAGUGUUUCUCACAACCUGCAGACAUGAUGACGCACCACGGAUCAGAGACCUUUUUGUAAAGAAGAGCGAGGCCGGCGUCGCGUCGCGGUCGUUGAAGAGUUGAGAUCGGUUUAAACGCGCGUCGGCGUCCGGCCUCGCUUGUAGAUUCAGGGUCCGUACAACAUCAUCAUCGUCAUCAUUCUGCGCUGUAUGUUUGCAAGUGCUGCCAAAGAAAGAAGCGUGCAGGCCUCAGACACACGUGUAUAUGUAUGUAUGUAUAAAUAUAUAUAAAUUUGAAAUGCACACAAAUAAUCUAACAGGAAUAAUCUAACUGGAUCUCAUCUCCAUCCACGGGCCUGUACAAUCGACUUUUUUUUUUUUUUUUUUGAGUGUUUAAGUAUUUGUGCACAGAAGGAGACGACGCAGACGGAGGUGUCAAACACAAAAAAUGUAUGUAAUGAAAUCAGAUCAAAAGGGUUUUAUGGUUGAUUAUUGCUUCUCAGUGUGUCAGCGUUUGCCAUGUGGUCUGUGUGGGGAGGCAAAUUUUUUUUUUCCUUUUUUUUUUUUUCUUUUUCUUUCCAGCUUUAGACUUAAUACAUUGUGCAUGUUUUAACCUUAACUGUGGCUGGCGCACUCUGCAUGUAGGUCUCUCGAAAGCUGCCAACUGUACAGCAGACCAUAUGUAUUCCAAUAAAAAUAAAAAACCGACCUGUUUGUAA